AUGCAACGUGUUAGAUGCGCAAAGAUUUUACGAAAAAAUUUUGGUGCUACGAAAAGAUCAAAAACUUGGCGAUGGGAUAAAGUAGUCAAUACAGAUUUCUCUGGAAAAUUCAUUUUAGAUUCCUCAUCGAAUCCACAUAAUGACGGUGUUUGGGCAAAAGCUGCUGAAGAAAUACCACCAGCAAUUUAUUAUCGAUCAAAAAAUCAAAUAUCAUUGAAUUAUACACCAUUGGAUAGAGCGUCACGAGUACUUUAA